CUCAGCAGCCCCCCCCUCCCCCGCUGCCGCGCUCCAUGCCCGCACUCCGCUCCCUGCCGCCUCGAGCCAUGGCCGCCGCCUUCGACUACCUGGUGCUGGGAGGCGGCUCGGGCGGGCUGGCGAGCGCGCGGCGCGCGGCCGAGCUCGGGGCCCGCGUGGCUGUCGUGGAGCAUCAGCGCUUGGGGGGCACCUGCGUGAAUGUUGGAUGUGUACCAAAAAAGGUGAUGUGGAACACAGCUGUCCACUUUGAAUUCAUCCAUGAUCAUGCUGAUUAUGGCUUUGAAACCCCUGAUGUUAAGUUUAAUUGGCGAGUGAUUAAAGAAAAGCGUGAUGCUUAUGUGAGCCGCCUGAACGGGAUCUAUCAAAAUAACUUAAACAAGGCUCACAUAGAAACCAUUCAUGGCCACGCAGCUUUUACAUCUGAUCCUGAGCCUACGGUAGAAGUCAAUGGUAAAAAAUAUACAGCUCCCCACAUCCUUAUAGCUACAGGUGGGCGACCAUCAAUUACCCAUGACAGUGAAAUCCCUGGUGCCAGCUUGGGAAUCACCAGUGAUGGGUUUUUUGAACUUGAAGAAUUGCCCAGGCGCACUGUUGUUGUUGGUGCUGGAUACAUUGCUGUGGAGAUAGCCGGAAUCCUUUCCACGCUAGGAUCAAAGACAUCCUUACUGAUACGUUAUGACAAGGUGUUAAGGACUUUUGAUUCAAUGAUCAGCUCAAACUGUACUCAGGAACUGGAGAAUGCUGGCAUAGAAGUCUGGAAGCAUUCACUGGUCAAAUCGGUUACAAAAUCUCCUCUUGGAUUGUUGGAGGUAACGGUAAUGUCCACUGUGCCUGGUCACAAACCCACAGUUAGCACAAUCCCGGAUGUUGACUGUCUGCUGUGGGCCACUGGACGAGUUCCAAACACUGAAGGGCUUAAUCUAGACAAACUGGGUCUUAAGUUAGAUGCUAAAGGUCACAUUGUAGUCGAUGAGUUCCAGAACACCAGCAGGAAAGGGAUCUACGCUGUCGGGGAUGUAUGUGGAAAAGCACUCCUGACCCCAGUUGCAAUAGCAGCUGGAAGGAAACUGGCACACAGACUGUUCGAAGGCAAGCAGGAUUCCAAACUCGACUACAGCAACAUUCCUACCGUGGUCUUCAGCCACCCGCCAAUCGGAACGGUGGGACUCACGGAAGAGGAAGCCAUUUCUACAUAUGGAAGAGAGAAUGUGAAGAUCUACACCACCUCUUUUACCCCCAUGUAUCAUGCUGUAACUCAAAGGAAAACUAAGUGUGUCAUGAAACUGGUUUGUGCCGGCAAAGAAGAGAAGGUGGUGGGACUACACAUGCAGGGCCUAGGAUGCGACGAAAUGCUGCAAGGUUUCGCUGUAGCAGUCAAAAUGGGAGCAACAAAGGCCAGCUUUGAUGAGACGGUUGCCAUUCACCCAACUUCAUCAGAAGAGCUGGUCACGCUCCGUUGAAAGGUGGUGAAUUUCUGGUGCUUGCAAACAGAUCUGUAAUGUGGCAGCCAAAAAACUAAAUAGACUUGCCGAAUCAUGAUUUUUCUUCUUGGUGCCACUUUUACAAACUUCCUUUUCUAUGACACUCCAGAUAAUAAUCAGAUUCUUCUGUUUUUGUAAUCUAUGAAUAUAUGUAGAAAAAAUCAUAAAGAGAUGUCCAAAAAACCAGUUCAUCUCAUCCAAACAGCUUGGUUUCUUGAAGCGUCAUUGGUUUAGAGUGAAAAAUAAACAAAAUGGUUUAAAAUCUUUGGUUCUUGCUUUAUUAUCUCAGGCCUCAUUAGCUUAGGUAAGCCCAUGUUCUGACUGGCUAAGCUAGCCGGUGCAAAAGAGAUGUCUCCAGUUUUUGUUACUUUAACCAUGUGUUUUUUUUCAUGUGGACAUGCAGAAUAAUCUUCCUCCUCUCUUACCCAGCAUGUCUCUGUGCACACAGAAAAGCUACUCCUGGGUUACGAUCUGCAGGAGGAAUUUCAGGGCAUGUCUAUACUGCAGUGUGAAAACCUGUGGUUGGCCUGUGCCACUGACUCCAGCUUUCAGGGCAUGGGCUAAAAGGCUGUUUAAUUGUGGUGCCGACGCUCGGGCUGGAGCCUGGGUGCUAAGAUUCUGCAAGGGGGGUGGGUCCCAGAGCUCAAGCUGCAGCACAAGCCUGAAUAUCUACAAUUAAAUGGUCCCUUAGCCUGAGCCCCAGUUAGCUGGCAUGGGCCAUGGCAGGUUUUAAUUUCAGUGAAUACAUACCCUCCGUGAGCAAAGCUAGCCUUGUGGCUGAGGCGUUUGACCAGGACUCAAGAACUCUAGGUUCAGUUCUCUGGCUCUGUCACAGUCUCCAUGUAUAACCCUGGGCAAGUCUCUCUCUCUCUCGGCUCCCUAGCUGUAAAGUAGGGACAAUAGUAUCUUUCUCCUCGUGGGCAUGUGAUCUUGGUUCAGUCCUCUCUACACUCUUCUAAUGUAGAAUUAUGGAGGCUCCAUAAUUAUGGUUGGUUCUAAAUUAAGGCAUAAAUUCCUGUGUUUUUUUUUUAAGUAGGUGGCCAAUUGGUAGGAAGUUUAUUAUUUUAAGCUUGCCAGUCGUGGAGAUGGUAAUAUUGACUCUGCGGGGAAAGUCUUGUCGGGAAAUUCCACAAAGCCUUUUAUCUGAGCCAGUGACUGAACUUGUAAGUUGAAAUCCCUACAAGGACUGUCUAGUUGCAGUUUGUGAUUCCUGAGAUGGAAGGGGUGAGAACACCAUGGAGACCUCCUACUGGCUAUUGCCUCUUGUAUGAAGUAUUACUUCCACGCGAUUGAGACAUGAGGUUUAUGGGAUGCAAUUUGGAGUCCUGCCUUCCAACCCCUCAUGGGGGAUUACAGUGGGGAUGAGUGUGACGGAAUGCACCCCUGUAUUUGCACCCUACACACUGUUGUACAAAAUAUGCCUUGUGAAGUAUCAUUUGAAAACUAAGAACUCACUGGGUCAAUAAUAUCACAGAGAAAUGUGUGUAGCAACAUUAUAUGUAAAGUUUAAACAUAAGCUGAAAUCAUGACUGAAGUGUGUUUCCCAGAUAAGUCUGGGCGUGGGUAAACGUGUUUCUCAGACAAAGGACAAACUGACAGCUCUGGCCAGGUGUCAUUAAAGCUGAUGGGCCGUCACCUGUCAAGUGGCUAUUCUUUGGCAAGAAAGGGGGGUGGGAGCAGGAACAAAAAUAUCUGCAUUUUAGCAAACAGCCACCAGCAGCUCUUCUUUCACCACCAGACUCCUUGACUCCAACCUCAUAGCAGAAAUGAACUUUAUCUAGGGGUAACCCUGAGGAAAAUGAAUUUCAAAGGGAUACUGAACUAUAAAAAGUGAGGAGGGAACACACCAAGUUCUCUUGUCCUCUUCAUCUCUCGCUCCUUCAUGUGAGAAGACAAAAUAAACCAUCUCAUUUGACGUUGGGAUCUUGACCUGAAAUCUGGUCACCUUUGUUGCUGGGACCAUGUGGUAAGAAUUUUAUCUUGAACCAAGUCUAUCUUGUUAAGUUUAAGUCCUAGGAAGUGUUUUAUAUUUAUUUCUCUUGUAACUAUUUCUGAUUUUAAUGCCAUAUACUUGUACUCACUUAAAAUCAAUCUCUUUGUAGUAGGGCUGUCAAGCGAUUAACACAAUUAAUUGCGCUAUUAAUAAUAGAAUACAAUUUAAAUAUUUU